UGCUUUUUGUACCUCAAUUAUAAUAUUUUAUUCAUAUCUUAACAGAAUCCAAGUUUUUUAACCUAUUUCAUUUUAAUUUACAGUACUUAUAUGCUAAAUAAAUGUCUAAAAUAUAAUAGAUUUUAUAGAAGCGAAUAUUGCGAUGGCGGAUAUAAAAUCACUUUUAAAAGAAGCAAAGAAACUCAUAGUAGAAAAUAAAUAUGAAGAAGCUCAAGAAUGCUGUAAAAGCAUCUUACGGAAUGAUAAACAGAAUUAUAUGGCUUUAGUACUACUUGGAAAAUCACUCCAAGAUUCCAAUCAAGCUCCUUUAGCAUACCAAAAGGCUGUAUCAACUAAACCUGAUCAACCAUUGGCUUGGCAAGGCUUGGCUAACUACUAUGAAAGAAACAAUGAUAAGAUGAAAUUAUUUUCUAUCUACAAUGAAAUCCUCAAUUUACAAAUAGAAGAAGAUAAAGCUUUAGAAGUGUUGACAAAAUUAGGUCAACUAGGAAGUACUUUGAAGAAUAGUGAGAGUAUUAAGAUAAUUGCAAAUUAUUUGAGCAAGGACUAUGCUGAGAAAUUGCUGUUUGCAGCAGAAAAUCAAUUAAUACAUAUUUUAAAAGCUGAUGUUCCUUGUAAGGAAGAUGAUAUACCAGUUACAUUAGCUGUUCUUGAUAAAAUUUAUAGAAAGGAUCCAAAUGAUGCAUUAGAAAUUCUGUAUAUGAAAGUUAUCAUACAAAAAAGUGACUGUAUGUCAGCAAUUAAAGAAGUUAUUAGUCUGAAUUUUUUCUCUUCAAAUGUUGUGUUGCGAGAAUCACUAUGUAAAUAUUUAUGUCAGAUGUAUAUCCGAAAUAAAUCUUUCUGUGGAUUUGAUAUUGAUCAGUAUGUAGACAAAAUUACUGAAGGAAUACAAAACUCCAAUUAUCCUGGCCUUUUAAGAAGUAUGAUUAAUUUUGAGAAAGGAUUGUAUUUAGAUGCCUACAAACAAUGCAUACCCUUAAUAAAUUAUAAUCAAGCUGAUAUUGUAGAGGCUACAUUUAUCAUAAAUUGUACAGUGAUGCUCAAGAAAUGGUGUACAACACAAAAACUAGUUUCAAUUUUUUUGACAAAGGUAAAAGAUGAAAACUUUGCUGUAUUUCUGAAGAAAAAAUUAUUUUUGGCAUUAGCAAAUCAAAAGAAAUGGAAAAAUGCCAUUUCCACAGCUAAUGAUAUUUCUUUAGAGUUUUUGGACACAGCUGAGAUAGCUACUCUUGCUGAAUGUUAUAUUGAGUGCAAUGAAUCACCUGACCAAAUUAUUAAUUUAUUGCAAUCAACAAAUUAUUUUGCACAACUUAAAGCUCAACUAUAUAUUAAGCAAGCAAAAUAUAAUGAAGCAAUAACAUUAUUAGAAGAAAACCUUAACCAUUACUUACAUCUAUUUUAUUUAGGAAAAUCAUAUUGGGAAUUGAAACAAUAUGACAAAUCUCUAAUAAACCUUCUAAAGUCUGCUAAACUUAAUUCUGAACAUGGUGAAACAUUUUUAUAUCUUGGCCAUAUAUAUAAUUAUAGAACUGAUUAUUUGAAGGCUAAAAAAUGCUAUGAAAAAGCUUAUAGCUUGAUUAAUACAGAUAGUGAAACUAUUAAACAUUUGAGUGAGGUAUACAUAAAACUUAAUAUGAAGGAAGAGAAUUUUGAAUUACUUAUAACAGCAGAAACCAACAUAAAACCUUGUGAGUCCUGGUUAAAUUUCAGAUUAGGACUACAUUACUUAAAUAUUAGAGAAUGGGAGAAUGCAAUUGUAAGUUUUAGAAAUGUUAUUAAAAAUGAUAAGAAUGAUAUUAUUGCAUUUGAAUGUUUAGCUGAUGCAUACUUUUCUAGGGGAUCUUACACAUCUGCAUUAAGAGCAUACAAUAAAGUAAUAACACUUGAUCCUAAUAGAACUGUUCAUUGUCUUACAAGAAUUGGAUACAUAUAUACAUUAUUGACUCAGUAUGAAGAUGCAAUAGCAACUUUUGAAAAUGUAUUAGUGAUUAAUCCUCAUUCUCUUUUAUGUCUUAAAGGAAUUUCAGAAACAUGGAUAAAAGUUGCAAAGAAAAAAGCAGCAGCUAAAAUGUAUGGAAAUGCUAGAGAUUGUGCUCAGAAUGCAAUAGAAUAUGUCAUAAAGGCUAUAUUAAAACAAAAUAACUUUUUAUGCCUCUGGAAACUCUUAGCAGAAACCUUGAUGUUCAUAACAAAGUUGCCAAAUAAAUAUGCCUAUGCAUAUCUAAAAAAUUCGUUCAGUGAUACAAAUGCAGACUCCAUUAAAUUUGGAAGAACUGACAUACUUUUAAAAGUAAUUGCGUGUUAUUCCCAUAUAUCAAAACAAAAACAACAAUUGGCUUCUUACGAUUUAGCAUCAGCAUAUCUUGCUUAUUAUCAUGCCACUCAAAACCUGGCAGACUGCAGAAUAUCCUUUAAUUUAACAUCAAUUUGCAUUAAAGAAAAUCCUACUGUUUGGCGUAGUUGGAACUUGCUUGGUAAAAUCUGUUUGUUUAUAAAAAAAUAUGAUAUUGCACAACAUUGUUUCAUCAAAGCAUUAUCAGUAACCCGUAAAUGGUCUGUAGCAAAGAUAUGGUGCAAUUUAGGGACUUUAUAUUUGAAAUUAAAACUUCAUAAGUUAGCUAACUAUUGUUUCUGGCGUGGGCAAUCAACAUUACCAUCUCACGCUCAAAGCUGGAUAGGGCAAGGAUUAAUAGCAGAAGCUAUUCGAGAACAAGAGGCAAUGGAUCUUUUCAGACAUGCAGCACGUUUAGGUUACCAUCCUGAGAGUGCUCUUGGGUAUGCAGACUGGGUGUGUCGAACUUUAAAGAAAAAUAAAUAUAAAGAAAACCCAGAAUCUAAAUAUGAAAUUGAUGGUCUUUAUGCCAUUCCUUAUGCCAUAGACUUAGUUGAAUGGUUUUCUAGUUUUGAACCAAAUAACCCAUGUGCCAGUACUAUUCUUGGCAUACUUCAAGAAAGGAAUGGACUUCUCAGAGCAGCACAUAGUUCUUAUAAAAAAGCUCAUGAAUAUGCCGAGGAAGACAAUAAAAAUAUAACUCUUCAAAAUCUUGGCAGAAUUUUACUCAGAUUGGGAGAAUAUGAUGAGGCUAUUAAAUCCUACAAAGCUAUUACAGAAGCUAGCUUGGAUUCCACUUGUGGUCUAGCUCUUGCUCUUUUCAAAAAGGCUUCAUAUGAGGAAUGCUAUUCUGUUUAUGAUACUGCUUUGAAUUGGCUGAGUAACGAAGAUAGUGAAAAGGCUGAUUUACUUGUGGCCAUGGCUGGUAUUAUGUAUAAGUUUAAAGGGUUAGAUGAUGCUAAAACUAUAGUGUUUCACAGUAUUCAAAUAUCACAGAAAAAACCUACAGCCUACAGUUUAUUUGCCAUUUGUUCUCUUGGCUUAUUGCAUUCUGAUCAAAGCCUGACUAAGCUUGCGUUGCAUGAAUUACAAAAAUAUGAGAAGGAAAGUGAGUUUGGAUUUGACAUAGGUUUUUUGAAGUCAUAUCUUCUUGUAUGUGAAAAUAACAUGGAACAGGCAAUAAAAUUAAUAAGUGAUUCUCUACAUGACCAUCCAAGUAACUCGCUUUUGUGGUACUUUAUGUCAGAGUAUUGUCUAAGAGCUUCAAAAACAAGGGCAAAAGCUGCUAGCAAUUGCGCUCAAAAAGCACUAUGUUCUGCACAAGAUAGUGAACAACAUUGUAAUCCAGGAAAAAUUAUUGCUACAGCUAGUAUUGCAGAACAUAUUGCAGGAGACCAUGUUAAAGCACUCUUACUAGCUAAAGAAGGACUUCAUAUCUAUCCAGAACAAUGUGAGAUAUGGGCUGCACUGUUACUUUCACUUAUAACACAUAAAAUGUGGAUUACCCAAAAAGACUGGAUAUUAAAUGCAGCAAGUCAUGUGCGUCGUCAUUUAGACAUAACAAGGCCUCUAAGUAGGUGGAUUAGUAUUUUAGAAAAAAAAAUUGGUGGUAAAUAAUAAAGUUACCAUCAAUAAUUAGGUUUUGUAUCAAAUGCUUUUAUUAUAUUUCUAUGCAUUAUAGUUGCGAGGUGAAUAAUUAUGAAUUUAUGAAAACUUGUUAAAUCUAACUAUACUAUUUUAUUUUAAUGUUUUUGUUACAACUUUCUUCAAAUAAACACAUUGUAAUAAA